AUGGCUUCACUUUUCAGAGGGACCGCGGCUAUUUCCAAGCCCGCAAAGCUCCUAAGAGGGGGAACCAUCCUUGUCCACGACGACCAGGACCGUAUAUUACCUCAAAAGGCCGACAUUCUAAUUGAGGGGGAUCGGAUCUCCAAGAUUGAGGCCUCAAUCUCAGCACCUGAUGGUUGCCGUAUCAUCGAUUGCUCGGACAAGAUCGUAUCUCCCGGCUUUGUCGAUACGCAUCAUCACGUAUGGCAAUCACCGCUAAAGGGACUUUUUGGAGAUACCGCUCUCUUCCCAUAUCUGGCAAUAGUGCACGCGGCCGGGCUGGCACUCACGGUUGACGAUAUGUUUUGGGCAAAUUUAGCUGGAAGCUUGGAGGCUGUUGAUGCCGGAACUACCACUACUCUGGACCAUGCCCAUAUGAACUGGUCUAAAGAUCAUAGUGGAUCAGCAAUUGCAGGCACCCUAUCGUCUGGUAUUCGCUCGAUAUUCGGCUACACCCCAGUAGCUACAUUGGCAGCCGUCGAACCAAAGGUAAAGUUCUCGCCUGAGCCUUUACCAGACUGGGUGAUGCAGACCUUUGAGCAACUUGCCACCUCGCACCCACUGAAUGACCCGGGAUCCCGACUAAAGUUGGGGCUUGGGUUCGACUUCUACCAUCUUCCCAAAGAGGUCGUCCUGGGUGUUUUUGAGAAAGCCAAGUCGCUUGGGACGAAGAUCAUUACUUCGCACUUCAUCCAAAAUUUUGUUCGGGGUAACGACAGCUUGCCGGUCCUGCUGAAGUCUUAUGGUCUUCUCCAAAAAGGCAUGGUUCUUUCGCAUGCUGGCGGCGCCAACGCAGACGAUGUCAAAUUGAUGCACGAUUCUAAUUGCUUUGUCUCGGCCACUCCGAAUACGGAACUCGCCAUGGCUGUGGGUCCCCCUGUCUGCUUCCGCGUCGACCUCCCCGGCAUCGAUGCAAUUUGCUCUCUAGGGGUCGAUUGUCAUUCUGCGACAAGCAGCAGCAUGGUCAACGAGAUGCGUGUUGCCUUGCAGACCGCGAGGGGUAUAGAGAGCGAGACUCAUAUACGAAAUGGCCAGUGGCCGAGGGAUCUUUCUUACAAGACAGCUGACGUUUUCAACAUGGGUACUAUUCAGGGUGCCCGUGCAUUGUGUAUGGAGGAGGAGAUUGGUAGCAUCAAAGUGGGCAAAAAGGCGGACCUGGUAGUAUUCGAUACCCUUAGUCCGGCUAUGUCGUGCGUCGCCCAGCGAGAUCCGGUUAUGGCUAUUGUUCUCCACUCGAACAUUCGCGAUGUCGACACUGUGCUGGUGGAUGGAGAUGUGAGAAAGCAAAAUGGCAAGCUCUGUCCGGUGAAGAGAUUUGAAUGGCAUAGAGGAAAGGGAUUUGCGGAUACGGAUCAUGUUAUACACUGGCAGGAGGUGGCUGACCGCAUCAUAGCCAUAAACAAGAGACUUGUGUCCAAGAUGCCAGAGAGCCUUCUCUGGAAGAUUGAAGAUCAUGUCCGGGAACAGUUUGGCCACAAGCCCUGCUCUAUUAAGUUGUGA